AUGCGGCAUGGCCAUUCAGAGGCCAACGCAGCGGCGGAGACAUCUUUUGCAGCCGGGCAAGACUUGAAAGCAGGUCUGGCUAUAUCCAUGGCCACGUUGACGGAAACGGGACGAUGGCAAGCAGAGUCUUUGAGGGAACAACUGAAGGUGCUUCAGCAACAGGAGGAGCUUCCAGAGGUGGAGUUGGUCGUGUCUUCGCCCUUGCCACGAGCCAUUGAGACGGCCAAGUUGAUCUGGCCAGAGAAGCAGAUGGAGAUUCUGGAUUCUCUCCGUGAGCGCCUCUUGCUACGUCCCAAGGACGAAAGGCCAGAAUCCCUGGAGUCUGCCAAGCGCCGUGCACAAAGCAGCUUCGAGUGGCUUUGUGCACGGCCUGAGACGACCAUAGCAGUAGUAAGUCACAAAUGGAUCCUUCAAGAGUUGCUUGACCCGGUUCGGAAUCGAGCCCUACGCUUUUGCGCAGGCUCCUCGUGGAAUCAACCCUUCGAGCCAUUUGCAAACUGCGAGAUGCGCGCAUUUGCAAUGGACACUUUGAGAACAGGUUCUCAUGCUGUCGAGUUGCUGCGCCUGCGACCAUGA